GCUCUCUUCAUUGGCUGUCGUGUUGGUUUUCCUCUGGUCAUCGUCUCCACUGAGCACUCCCUUCCUCUCCUCUCAGUGCUCUCCUCCAUUGCGCUCCCUCGACUAAGAUCGAUUCACCCUUGUUGCUGAUCUCAUCCAGCCUCCUCUGUCCUCGCCCCUGCCAGCUGACUGCCACAGACCGUUGACAUUUUGGAUUGGGAUAGUGGGGCUCUGUAUCUAUAUAGUACAGAGUACUACUGUAUUCCAAGCAAUUUCCUCUGCUCCUCGUCUCCGCUUCCUCUCAGUCUCCUCCAUUGCUUGGGGGUGGCAGUUUCCAGUCAUUAUUCAGAGCACCAUACAUCCAAGGCACUGACCCGGCUAGCGGCCUGAUCUAAUUUGACAGCUCAGUUCUCGAGCUCGUUAAAGGUUUCACACAAUUUCAUUCAAGGCUUCACACAAUUUGGAUUGCACUACAGCUCCCCUUAUUCAUCGAUUCAAAGGUUUCCAGCCGGUUGAUCCUGGUUGCUCGUCCUCCUGCUCUCAUGAAUAUUGUCACGGGGGCCAUGGGCAGCCUGAUCCCCAAGCUGGGCGAGCUGCUCGUGGAGGAGUACAAGCUGCACAAGCGCGUCAGGAAAGAUGUCGAGUUCCUCAUGAAGGAGCUUGAGAGCAUGCACGCUGCCCUCGUCAAGGUUGGCGAGGUGCCGCGGGACCAGCUCGACAGGCAAGUCAAGCUCUGGGCUGACGAGGUCAGAGAGCUCUCCUACAACAUGGAGGAUGUCGUGGACAAGUUCCUCGUACGAGUUGACGGCGACGGCAUUCAGCAGCCUCAUGACAACUCCGGCAGAUUCAAGGAGCUCAAGAACAAGAUGGUCGGCUUGUUCAAGAAAGGCAAGAAUCACCAUAGCAUAGCUGACGCGAUCAAGGAAAUCAAGGAGCAACUCCAGGAGGUGGCCGCUAGGCGUGAGAGGAACAAGGUAGUUGCUCCUAAUCCUACGGAAUCAAUUGCUAUCGAUCCUUGUCUUCGAGCUUUGUAUGCAGAAGCGACAGAGCUAGUUGGCAUAUAUGGGAAGAGGGAUCAGGAGCUCAUGAGGUUGCUCUCCAUGGAGGGAGAUGAUGCCUCUAACAAGAGACUGAAGAAGGUCUCCAUUGUUGGAUUUGGAGGGUUGGGCAAGACCACUCUUGCUAGAGCAGUAUACGAGAAGAUUAAAGGUGAUUUCGAAUGUCGGGCAUUUGUUCCUGUCGGAUAGAACCCUGACAUAAACAAGGUUUUAAGGGAUAUCCUCAUUGACCUCGGCAGCCCUCACUCAGAUUUUGCGAUACUGGAUGCCAAUCAGCUUAUUAAAAAGCUUCAUGAAUUCCUAGAGAACAAAAGGUAUGCA